CAGGCGGCGGGCGAGUGUCUAACAGGUGGUGGGGCCCAGUGUUUGUUUUCUCUUUCUUUUGUAGAAAACUAAAAAUUGUAACGAAAACCAGACAUCUCUGUGUCAACUCUCCAGAUCCCUCCCGGAGCAGCGUACCAGCACAUGGGCAGCUGGGUGGAGCCCUUGCCAGUGUUCUGGGAGCUCCGUGGAAAGGAGGGAGCCGGUGACAGGACUGAAAGAGCUUCCUGAGUCUUCAGAUGGAUUUUAAAAUUGAACACACGUGGGAUGGUUUUCCAGUGAGGCACGAGCCAGUUUUUUUCAGGCUGAAUCCAGAUGAGGGAGGAGUAAUGAUGAAAGUUAGUGCUCCAUUUUUCAAUGAUCCUCCAGCCCCUCUAGGAGAACCAGGGAAGGCUUUCAAUGAACUGUGGAAUUAUGAAGUUGUGGAAGCAUUUUUCUUGAAUGAUGUAAGUCAGCAGUAUCUAGAAGUUGAACUUUGUCCCCAUGGGCAGCAUUUGGUGCUUUUACUCUCUGGAAGAAGAAAUGUGUGGAAACAAGAACUUGCUUUAUCCUUCAAAGUGUCCAGAGGUGAGACAAAAUGGGAAGGCGAAGCUUAUCUUCCUUGGAGUUAUUUCCCACCAAGUGUGACAAAAUUCAAUUUGUAUGCAAUUCAUGGAUCAAAAGAGAAGAGAAGUUACGAAGCUCUUUACCCUGUCCCUCAGCAUGAACUACAAGAAGGACAGAAGCCUGAUUUCCAUCGUCUAGAAUACUUUAAGCCUUUAAAUUUUAACACACUACUUGGAGAAGAAUGGAAACAACCAGAAUCAGAUCUAUGGCUGAAGGAGAAACCUGACGUAUAAGGAGUAAACUAUCAUAGAAAUCAUUUUUUCUCUAUACAUUUGAAGGUAAACCACUGAUAAGAAUCAGUCUUUUUAAGACACAAUGAACACAGUUCAACAUGAUAUUUUCAUAGAGGUCACUGACAAUAUCCUCUCUCUGUUAUUGACAAGAGAAUAAUGAUUUCAUCCAUAUGGUUCAAAUAUUUUUAAGAGUCACUUAGCCUAGGAACCAUGGUGUCAAUAGGUUCUACCUUCUGCUUGUAUUUCUGUCACCCAGUAGCUCUCAUUCUGUUAACUAAAGUCAUUCUUUUUCUCCUCACUUCCCUAAACCUCCACAACAUCUUAUUUGUACAUUUUUGAACUCCAUGUCUAUAUAGUAAUUUUAAAACUAGAAAUCCUUCCAUUCUAGAAAUUAGUAGAAAAAAAGUGACCUAUUGCAGCUGACCAGGAAAUGAAUGUAUGCUUAGACAUCUUAGACAUCCUUAAGAUACAUGAAUUAUUUCAACAGCUUUGUCUCCCUGUCUAGUGACUAUUUUUACUCUGUACAAAGAGAUGGAAUGAAGUAGUCUUGAAUUCAAGCAGUGCUCUACUUUUAUGUACAAAUCAGUGUCAUUUUCUUAAUGGUGUUACACAAGAUUAAAAUGUCUUAAUUUUACUUUGUAAGCAUCAGAUAGUCCUGGUCUAGAGUUUUCAGGUUUUGUGUUGUAGCAUUUCAGUAGACAGUCUGUGAACUUCUCUACCAAGCGUGGUGUUUCUCCAGGAUUCUUAACUCAGAGCGUAGGAGUCUUGCAGAAGAUGAAGCUUUACUAGCUGUAGAAGUACAUCGUGGUCUACCUUACAGUAUACUUUUUCUACUUCCUUAUCAACAUAAGUCGAAAUUUUGGGAGGAUUUAUUCAGAUCUCCAUUUUCUGACUUCUUUGCAGAUAGAGUGACUAUAAAAUGGUUCAGUGCUAUGAGCUCUAUGUACAGAAUUGUAUCACAUAACAGUUUCAGUCAAAAAUAGAUUGCAUGUAUCAUGAUGGUCCUAUAAUAUUAUCAUGGAGCUGUAAAAUUCUAUUGUCUAGUGAUAUUGUAGCUGUCAUAAUGCUAUGGUACAAUGCAUUACAUGUCUGUGGUGAUGCUGGCAUAAAUAAGCCUUCUACACUGCCUGUCAAAAGUAUAGCACAUAAUUAGUACAUAAUACUUGAUGAUAGUAAACAAGAAUUUUAUUGGUUUAUUUACCUACUCUACUAUGCUUUUUAUAAUUAUUUUAGUGUAAACUUCCUACUUAUUAACAGUAUUUACUAUAGCACUACGCUGUGUUCCACCAACAGUGGUCCCAUACUUCUCAUGUUUACCACGACUCUUGAUUGCAUCGAGUCCAUGUUGAAUGAUUGACCUAUGUCAGAUAGGUGUGUGAAAGUACAUUGUAUGAUAUUUGCACAAUGAUGACACUGACUAAUGAUGCAUUUCCCAGAAUAUAUCCCAUCCUUAGGGGAUAUAUAAUUAAAUGUGAGUACAAUGUUAGAUUUAAGACUUCAAAAAAGAAACUUUAGACAUGAACGUCUCUGCUGCUAUUUACCUUUAGUCCAUUGCCCCUCCUCUUUUUCAUAAUUGAAGAAUUUAUUUUUGAGAUAACACACUAGCUGCAUUAUGAUAAUGGGGAAAUAACCCAGGGAUAGCUGAGCAGAAAUACAAAGAUGCCCAGUUUCAAAUUGCACAAUACUCCAGAGUAAUAUAUGUAGACUGCCAAACUACAGACUUAAUGUAUUAGAAAAACUGCCUAAUUUAUUUAAGCCACUUUUAAAGUACUAAAUGUUUCCAUUAAAUAAAGCCAAAUGUAAUUCCUAACUGUAUUAUCUUUUCAUCACUGUAUUAAGUACUUGAGAGAAACUUCUUAUGAAGCAAGAAUGUGUAUUUUGGCUCAUCUUUUGGAGGUUCACAGUCCAAGAUUUGGUGAUCCUGUUGGUCUGGCAUCUAAUGAAGGUGAUGAAGAAGGGUCUCAUGAUGACUCAGGAGGCAAACAGAUAGGGUCUAUGGUCUUCUUCAUGUCUGUAAAUCUGUCUUUAUAAAGCCACCAUAAUCUGAUCAUGGAGGUCCCACCUAAACAACUUAAUCCAAUCUAAUUACUUCCCCAAGGUCAAACCCUUCAGACAAUACAAUUGAAUUAGGUCUGCACCAUUUGUCCAUUAGCCAUUAACAUUAAUCCACUAACUAUUAACAUAAGACAUUGGGAACCAAGCACUUAACACAAGGGCCUUUGGGAGAUAUCCAAACUAUGCAAACUAUAGCACUAAUACAUUAUUCUUCCUGUUAGUUGAAAAAUAAGAACUGCUCUCCCUCAAGUUAGAAACAAGGCAAGAAUAUCUGCUCUCACAGCUUCUGUUCAGCAUUAUAUUAGAAGUUCUAGCCAAUGCAGUGAAGUAAAAUAUAAGACAAAAAUAAGAAAUAAUAAAAAUAUUUUGAAAUUAUUGUGUUUGUGGGAAAUGCAAGGGAAUACAUAACUUUAUAGAGUUAAAAAGCCAAUAUAUUAAAAUUUUCAAUUAUAUUUCAACAUAUUAUAAAAAUAAUUUGAAACUAAAAUUUAAAACCUAAAAAUAAUUUAUAUUAACAUAAAAACAUGAAAUAACCAGGACUGAAUCUAACCACAAUGUGCAAAAUGUCUAUAUUGAUUAGAUUCGAAUAUUUUAGAAAUUCCCACAAGUUUAUAAAUUCAAAGAAAUCCUAGUUAAAAAAUCUCAGAAGACUUUUGGGUAGAAAUUAACAAGCUGAACCAAAUUUUAUAUGGAAAUACAAAGGAUGUUAAAUAGCCAAUUUUGAGAGGAACGAAAUUUGAGGAUUUACACUACCUGACUUCAACGUUUUUUUUUUUAUUAAAAUUUAAAUUUUUAAAAAAUUUUUAAAAUUAAUCUUCAGUAAUGAAGAUAAUAUUGGCACAAAUUAGAUAAACAUAGCAGUCAACAGAAUAGGGAGAUCCACAUAAAUAUGGGCAAUCGAUUUUUGAUAAAGGUGCUUGUGCAUUAUUAGUAGUAAGGGAAAAGAUAGUAUUUCAACAAAUAGUGUUGGAAUAACUGGGAAAACAUGGGAAAAAGAAAACCUUAACCCAUUCUUAAUAUCCAAGAAAAAAAUUAACCUAAAUGUGAUGUUGUAUGAAAAACAAACAUUCUGGGGGAAAAUCUUUACAAUCCAGGGAAGAAAAAUAUUUUUUUGAAAUAUAUAAAAAGGACUAACCAAUGACAAAAAUAAUAAAUUGAACUAUUCCAAAAUUGAAAAUUUCUGUUAAUCAAAAGCCUCUGUAAAGAAAGUGAAAAGGUGGCUGGCACUGUGGCAUAGUAGGUAAAGUCACUGCCUGCAAUGCUGGCAUCCCAUAUGGGUGUUGGUUCAAGUCCCAGCUGCUCUACUUCUGAUCCAGCUCCCAGAUAAUGGCUUAGGAAAAGCAGCAGAAGGUUUUUUUUUUUUUUUUCCCUACAUGCCUGGGCCCCUGGAGGAAUGUCCUGACUCCUGGCUUUGGCCUGGACCAUUGUGGCCAUUUGGGAAGUGAACCAGUGAAUGGAAAGUCUCUUUCUUUCUCUCUCUGUAACUCUGACUUUCAAAUAAAUAAACAACAUUUUUAAAAAAGAUGAAAAAGCAAGCCACUUGUCAGGAGAGAGAAUAUCCAAAAUGCUUGUAUCUAAUGAAGGACUGUUACCUGGAAUAUAUGAAGAACUACAAAGCUGCAAUAAAAAGACAAGCCAAUUAAAAGGGCAAAAGUGUUAGAUACUUCACAGAGUAAAAUAUACAAAAGGUCAAUAUGUAUAUAGAAAGGCUGUGUACCUAACCAUCAAGCAAACAUUAAACCACUAUUACCCAAUGAUUGAAAACAGGAAAAAUACACACAGUGGCUACUGGGCUAAAGUUUUAAUGCAUUAAUGAACAGGUGUAGUUGCAACUAGAACUCUCAUACAGUUCUGAGUUGGAAUGUAAAAUAGUAUAAUUACUCUGAAGAUCGUUUGGCAGCUUCCGAGUGAAAUACAUACUUGUGACGCAGAUUCCCUGUAUACUGGUUAUCAACUUUCCUGAGUCUGGUGAGACAAAACACUGAACAGACUAAGUUGCAUGAAGCAGGUUUAUUACAGAUAGGCAGCAAGGGACCACAGACGUCUAGGAUUUAUUGCAAGCUGGUCUUCAAAAGCUCAGGACCUACCUGGGGUAGACAGUCUUAUCCUUAAGUGCCCAGCUUGCACUGUAGCUAAAAGACUGGAAAGCUGCUUGCUCUUCUUGUGUAACCCUGGGUAACAGGAAUCACUGGGCUAAACUGGUGAAGGACAUCCUGUUUCUAGGGGGGACUAGAACAGAGGCUUGGGCUGUUCCAGCCAGUCCCUUCCUGUCAAUUGAGAAAGAAGGCAGAAUUAGAUUUGUCCAAGGCCAUCCAGAGAACAGUCCUGUAAUACCCUAGGAUUCAGCCAUUUUAUUUUUAGAUAUAAAUCUAGGAGAGAUGAAUACCCAGAGCAAUUUUAUUCAUAAUAGCAUAAGAUUGUAGACUACCAAAUUUCCAUCCAUAGGCAAAUAGAUAAACAAACUUUAAUAUAGUCAAACAAUGGAAUACUAAUUGAAAAAGGGACUGAUAACAAGCAAAACCUAGACGAAUCUCUAAAUUAUAUUGAGUAAAAUAAAGCAGACAUAACAUUGUAUAAUUGUAUUGUAUGAUAGUUUUGGAUAGGAAAGUCAUAUUAAAAUAAUGUAGGAUACUUCAUUAUAAAUUACCUGAAACAAUUUUAUAAAUGUAAAUAAAUAAUAUACCCUUAUAGAAAUUUAGUAUUUGAAAGUGGGUAUUUGUAACAGCUAUUUUAAAUUUGCUUUUCAACUGCAGGAUCAUAAAAGCAUAAUAAUUGCUUUGUUUAAAAUAUGCAUAAAUGCAUUUCCUAGUAGUGUUUUGAAUUGUUAACUGUAAUAUCAAACAGGUUCUCUCCAAAUAGAUUACACAGUGUGUGUUAUUUAUUCAGGUAGUUUCUCAUGCUUUGCCAACUCCAUGAAAUAAUAAGUCACAGUCCAAAGAGAAAUACAUUUUGUUUUUAUUUUUAGCUCCAGAGAACUUCCAAUAUUAAAAAAUGUUUUCUGUCACUUAAAAAUAUUUAAUUCUUCCUUAUAGUUAAAUGUUCAGUUUUUGGGAGACAGAACAUAAUUAUUUUAAUUAAUCUGGUAUAUAAAAAGAAAAAGAAUCAAAUAGUUAAAUGUUCAGUUUUUGGGAGACAGAACAUAAUUAUUUUAAUUAAUCUGAUAUAUAAAAAGAAAAAGAAUCAAAUAGUUAAAUGUUCAGUUUUUGGGAGACAGAACAUAAUCAUUUUAGUUAAUCUGAUAUAUAAAAAGAAAAAGAAUCAGUAACAAGAGGAUGGAGCAAUUAUACUAAGCCCUCAGCACUUUUAUUCAUGCCUCAAAGUCCAAGGAUUGUCCCCUCUUUCCCAUUUAAUUUCCCAGAACAUUUAUUAAUUUUUAUAUUUAAUUGACACAUUGUGGUUGUACAUAUUUGUGGGGUACAGUGUGAUGUUUUAAUACAUAUCUUAAAUGUAUAAUACAUUUGUAUAUUAGUCAUCUUAGACAUUUAUCAUUUGCCUGUGUUGGUAGGAUUUAAGCUCUACUAUCUACUUUUUGAUAUUCAAUUAAUUAUUUUCAAUCAUAAUUAUCUUACUGUGCUGUGGAACAUUAGAAGCUAUUUCUAACUGUACCCCUGUAUCACCAAACCCUUUCCAGUAUCUGCUAGCCAGUCUUCUGUUCCCUAAUUCUAUGAGAUCAACUUUUAAUUUCCGCUUGUGGGAACACAAAUUAAUUAUGUUUCUGUGCCUAACUUAUUUUACCUGUGUAAUGUCCUUUGGUUCCAUACAUGUUGCUGCAAAUGACAGAAUUUUGUUCUUUUAUGGUUGCAUAAUAUUCCAUUGUGUGUAUGUAUUGCAUUUUCUUUAUCCAUUCAUCUGUCAAUAGACACAUAAGUUGGUUCCAUACCUUGGCUAUUGUGAAUAGUGCCGCAAUAAAUAUAUGAGUACAGAUAUCUAUUUGACAUAUUUGUUUCAUUUAUUUUGCAUUUAUAGCCAGUACUAGGAGUUCUGGAUUAUGUGGCAGUUCUAUGAAUAUCUCUGAAAUACUAUUUUGUACAAUGGCUGUUAAUUUAUGUUCCUACCAACAAUAUAUGAGAUUUCUUCUUUUUCUUUGUCCUUUCCAACAUUUGUUGUCUUUUUGAUAAUAGAUUUUCCA